UUUGUUUUCUCUUUUCUCCACAAAUUGAAUCUGAUAACAAUGCUAUAGGCCGAACUCAAAAAGCACCAAAACAAAGUUACUAGUGUUCAUCCCACGUCUCGUAAGAGUACAUACAAAUGACUGGUCCAAGAGGUUCAAAACCCGGGAGGGAAAUCUUCCUAACGUCAUCAUCUCUAUCCUUUUCUUCACUAUCUUCCUCUUCUUGUGCGUUGUCGGAAGAAGCAAUAGAGAUAAACAUGAAAGCAUCCCAAACAUCUUUUGAUCAGAAAGGGAAACUUAUGAAAGCUUCUUCACGAGGCUCUGAAAUGUCGUGUCUAACUCAUGUAACGAUGCAGCCUGCUCCGUCUCCACCUUCCAAGUUCCAACCAGGGUCGCCUUACGACCCUGAGAGAAUCCCAGCGUCGGUGUUUGGCAAGAAGGGUAAGGAUUUGAACUGGAGUGACGAUUCAUUGUUUAGUCUGAGAAUGUCAAACUUUGACGCGUUUCGUCAGAGUAAUCUAAACCCUGAAGAUCUUCUUUUGAUGUCCCGUGAGUUCUUAGCUUACUCACCGUCUCUGAAAAUCAAGUAUGAGGAUCCAGAAGAAGAGGAGAUAAGUCAUGUGAUGAAAAAGAAAGAGACAUCGUCGUCGGUGGAGAGUAUUGACGUAAAUCAAGAGAAGUCGUCGUCAUCAUCAUCACCAACUCCUCCAGCUUACUCAUACCCGGUCAGUUUUGCUCAGUUAUACCAAGCGCAGCCGAAACCUCAAUCUAUUACCCUUCCUGUUGUGGAGAAAAAGAGCAAGAAGAAGAGAAAGAAGACAAGAAAGAACAAGAAGGAGAAGGUGAAGGAGAAAACGAAUAAUAACAAGUGUAGUUCCGGUUUUCAAAUUGCAAAGUUUACUUGUGUUGCUGCUACAGAUGGAAGAAAUGUUGCUGCUGCUGCACAUGAAUUUUCUUCCUCUUGA